AUGGCCACCUUAGAAUCAGCCAUAACUGUUUUCGCACCUCAACGUUUUUCAAACACCUACCGUUUCCUUACAAAACCACCCACUUCCGUUAAACUCCAACCCACUUCAUUCUCUUCUUCCAUUUUUUCUCAUAGCCACAACAAACUUCACUUAUCUUCUUUCAGAACCCAAACGCCAUGCUUUGCUUUACAAGAAGUAACAGAAUCAACAAUUGAAGAUGAAAAAACAGAGGAAACGCAGACAUUGGACAAUGUUAAGAAGAAGUUAGCUGUUUUUAACUUACCUUGGUCAGUGUCCGCGCCAGACAUCAAAGAACUCUUCAAGGAAUGCGGAACCGUAACCGAUGUCGAGAUUGUAAAAAGGAAAGAUGGGAAGGGAAAAGGUUAUGCAUUUGUUACUAUGGAUUCUGGAGAAGGGGCUCAGGCUGCUGUUGAACAGUUUGAUGCUCGUGAAAUAUCAGGCAGGAUAAUAAGGGUAGAGUUUUCAAAGAGUUUCAAGAAACCUUCUCCUCCACCUCCUCCAGUCACCCCUCCAAGUCCCGCUCCUAGCGAAGCACGUCAUGUACUUUAUAUAUCCAACCUUGCAUGGAAAGCAAGGUCUACACAUCUUAGAGACAUCUUUGCCGAGAAUUUCAAAACACCAGUUUCAGCCAGGGUCGUCUUUCAAACCCCUGCUGGGAGAUCUGCUGGGUAUGGAUUUGUUUCUUAUCACACGGAAGAGGAAGUACAGUCUGCCAUUGCUGCUUUGGAAGGGAAGGAGUUAAUGGGACGGCCACUUCGCGUAAAAAUAAGUGAAAAGAAAGUUAAAGAAGCUAGUAAUGAAGAAGGUGAAAACCAAGAUGCUGAUGCGCAACCAGAAGGUGAAAACCAAAAUGCUGAUGCUCAACUAGAAGGUGAAAACCAAGAUGCUGAUGCUCAAUUGGAAAAAUCAUAG